UUGGAUCCCUUACUCAGUUGUCACUCGAAUUAUCCUUAGACGUAUUUUUUGGAGUCAAUAACAAUAAAAAGUUAUAGAAAAUCUCCAAUGUGGUUAGUUUAAUUUAUUUUUACGUGUAGAAAGCUAUGAUUCUUGUAAAGAAAAUUGAAAUAAUUAAUAAAAAUUAUUAGUUUUAUGUUACAAUUAAGAGUUUCUGAAGUGAGCAAUUUUUCGGUAGUUAACCAUUGAUUUGAAUUAUACUUUCGUCGUGUGUAACAAAAUUUAAAUAAAAAAAAUAUGCAGAGACGCUAUUUUCGGAGAACUAGGUAGAUAAUAACUGUCUUUGGAAAAUUUGUGCUGCGACCAAGGUUCUUUUGAAAAAUGACAUCAGAAGGUUCUCCUGCUAGUGUUUCUAAUGCUGCCUUGAGGUUCCACAAUUUGAGAUUGAAUCAUGAGGAAAAUGAUGAAGGAGCUGUUGGUGGUAUUGAAGCAGAAAAUAUUGAAACUGUCAAUGAUUCACCACAAAAUAUGCAACCAGCGGGUACAAUUAUGUUGAACAUGGUUAGAAGAGCUUUGGAAGUAUCUGAUAUAAUUGAGGAAGAAGAACAAACUGCAACAAGUUCUAGAAAUGCCAUACCAUCCACGUCAAAUUAUGAUAAUAGACCACCAAGUAAUUCAAGCAAUGUAGUCAGGCCAGAAGCUAGAGUGCGCACAAGUAUUCCUGCUGAAAAUGGUCUGACAAACUAUUCGGUUUCUUCAACUGUCUAUAACUGGCAAGGUAGCAAAGCUACCAUGCGUGAACGUUUCACAUUUCUAUUUAAUAAUGAAAUCCUGUCAGAUGUGAAAUUUAGAGUUGGCAGAGGCUCUCAGCAACGUGUUAUCCCAGCACAUAAACUAGUCUUAUCAUCUGGAAGUGCAGUGUUUGAUGCCAUGUUCAAUGGGACUCUGGCCACAUCAUCCAAUGAAAUCGAAGUACCCGAUGUUGAGCCUGAAACGUUUUUGGCUGUGCUACUGUUUCUUUACACGGAUGAAAUAUCCAUUAAUCCUGAUACCGUCAUGACUACACUCUACACAGCGAAAAAAUACGCAGUUUCUUCGCUGGAAAAGCAUUGUGUAGAUUACUUGAGAAGCAAUCUCACAACAGAUAACGCAUUUUUACUUCUCGCUCAAGCCCGCUUGUUUGACGAGCCACAGCUAGCUGCCGUUUGCUUGGAUACGAUUGAUAAGUUUACGACGGAUGCUCUGAAUGCCGAUGGGUUUACCGAUAUUGACAUCGAUACUCUAAUUACAGUUUUAGAACGCAAUACACUCAGAGUUAGAGAAUCGAAGAUAUUUCAAGCCGUUGUACGGUGGUCUGAAGCAGAAUGCUCUAGACAACAGUUACCGGUCACUCCUGACAAUCAAAGAUCUGUCUUAGGCAGAGCCAUCUCACUAGUCCGUUUUCCAUUGAUGUCAAUGGAGGAAUUCGCAAGUGGCCCAGCGCAAAGUGGGUUAUUGACUGACAGAGAGAUAGUUCAAAUAUUUUUGUACUUCACAUUAAAUCCAAAACCCCGAGUUGGCUUCGAAGCUAUGCCUCGAUGUCUCAUGAUGGGUAAAGAGCAGACAGUGUGUCGUUACCAACAGACUGAAAGUCGGUGGGGCUACAAUGGCACAAGCGAUCGAAUUCGAUUUAGCGUAGACCGAAGGAUAUUUUUGGUCGGUUACGGGGUCUACGGUAGCGUCUUUGGCCCAGCCGAAUACGAAGUAAUUAUCGAAUUGAUUCACACAGCGUCCGGCAAAGUGAUUGCAAAAAAUAAUACAAGUUUUAGCUGCGAUGGAUCGAAUUAUACUUACAGAUUAAUAUUCAAAGAGCCAGUUGAAAUUUUACCAAAUACUGUUUACACCGCUUCGGUUACCUUUGACGGACCAGACUCGCAUUACGGAUCGAAAGGACAGCGAGUAGUUACUGUUGAUUGUGGUCCAAAGCAUGGAAAAGUGAAAUUUUCAUUUAAUUAUGAAGCGGGUGAUAACAAUGGUACAUCGAUAGAGGGUGGCCAAAUACCGGAACUGAUUUUUUAUUUGUAAAAAACGUCACAAAAUCUACCUUAUGUGCACGAUACAAAACAUAACAUUGUUUUACAAGAGAUGCAUUCCCAUUUUAUUAAUCAUCUCGAAGAAAUUGUGUAUUCUUAUUAUUUGUGAUAUUAUAUUCUUAAUGUACCAUUAUGCUGUACCAAAAUAAUUAAAAAAAAUCCCCUUAUCUUUAGAAUAAAAAAAAAUCUAAUUAUGAUAGGAUUUGAAAGAGAUUAUAA